AUGCCUGUUGUCCUGCGUUAUGCUGGACUAUGGGUAGGCCUUGUUAUGAUUCUUUGCGCUGGAACGCUUGCAGCCUAUCUGAUGCAUGUAUUAGUUCGCGUGGCUCAUUCCGUCCGAACGCGGCAUUCACUCGAAUUGAACAAAAUGGAUUACACGGAAACUGUGUUCAUGGUAUUCAAAUACGGUCCGCUUAAAUUGCGCAAACCCAAAGGAAAGAUAAAGCACAUUGUCAAUUUGUUUCUCAUCAUCACUCAGAUUGGAUUCUCUUGUGUCUACACUUUGUUUAUAACUGAAAACACUCGACAUUUCCUACGAUUCUUUUUCCCCGAAAUGCCGCUGAAUUUCUACGUCGUGGCACUCAUUGUGUGCCUACUUCUGAUUCCCAUGUGUCUCACCAGCAACUUGCGCGUCAUGGCUCAUGUUGCCGCAAUAGCCAAUGUAGCCACACUGAUUGGAACUGGCCUGAUUUUUGGCUACUUGUUCUCAUCCAAACUAACUCCAGUUUCCGAACUGCCAGCUUACACGAAUACCAAGGGUGUCCUAAUCGCAUUCGGCAUUGUCAUGUACUCGUUCGAGGGCAUCAGUUUGGUACGUGAAAUAAAAACCCAUGCGAUGUAG